AUGUCAGAGAAGGAGGAAGCGAUUUUUCGCUCGGCUGAAAUGGCUUUAGUCCAAUUCUAUAUUCCUCAAGAAAUUUCGAGAGACUCUGCCUAUACUCUAGGUCAAUUAGGUCUUGUGCAAUUCCGUGACUUAAACUCUAAAGUGCGUGCAUUUCAAAGAACUUUUGUUAACGAAAUUAGAAGACUGGAUAAUGUGGAAAGGCAGUAUCGUUAUUUCUAUUCUCUUUUGAAGAAGCACGAUAUAAAGCUCUACGAGGGAGAUACGGACAAAUAUUUGGACGGCUCAGGUGAAUUGUACGUCCCACCUAGCGGUUCUGUGAUAGAUGAUUAUGUCCAAAACGCCUCCUAUUUGGAAGAACGAUUAAUUCAAAUGGAGGAUGCAACCGAUCAAAUCGAAGUUCAAAAAAAUGACUUGGAACAGUAUCGCUUUAUUUUGCAGUCAGGUGAUGAAUUCUUCUUGAAGGGUGACAAUACCGAUGGCACUUCCUAUAUGGAUGAAGACAUGAUUGAUGCUAAUGGGGAAAACAUUGCAGCCGCUAUUGGUGCUUCUGUAAACUACGUCACCGGUGUCAUUUCGAGAGACAAAGUUGCCACCUUAGAACAAAUUCUUUGGAGAGUCUUAAGAGGUAACCUUUUCUUCAAAACUGUUGAAAUUGGACAACCUGUUUAUGAUGUGAAAACUAGGGAAUAUAAACAAAAAAAUGCUUUUAUCGUAUUUUCUCACGGUGAUCUGAUUAUUAAAAGAAUUAGAAAGAUUGCGGAGUCUUUGGAUGCCAACCUGUACGAAGUUGACUCCUCCAGUGAAGGUAGAUCACAGCAAUUGGCCAAAGUCAACAAAAACUUGAGCGAUUUGUAUACAGUUUUGAAAACCACUUCCACUACUUUAGAAAGCGAGUUAUAUGCUAUUGCCAAAGAAUUAGACUCUUGGUUCCAAGACAUUACUCGUGAAAAGGCUAUUUUUGAAAUUUUGAAUAAAUCUAACUAUGAUACCAAUAGAAAGAUUUUGAUUGCUGAAGGUUGGAUACCAAGAGACGAAUUAGCUACUUUGCAAGCUCGUCUUGGUGAAAUGAUCGCAAGAUUGGGUAUUGAUGUUCCAUCCAUUAUCCAAGUAUUGGAUACAAAUCACACCCCACCUACCUUUCAUAGAACCAACAAGUUUACUGCUGGUUUCCAAAGUAUUUGUGACUGUUACGGUAUUGCACAAUAUAGAGAAAUCAAUGCUGGUUUACCCACAAUUGUCACUUUCCCUUUCAUGUUUGCGAUCAUGUUUGGUGAUAUGGGCCACGGGUUCUUAAUGACCUUAGCCGCAUUGUCUCUUGUAUUGAAUGAAAAGAAAAUCAACAAAAUGAAAAGAGGUGAAAUUUUUGAUAUGGCCUUCACUGGUAGAUAUAUUAUUUUGUUAAUGGGUGUCUUUUCCAUGUACACAGGUUUCCUUUACAAUGAUAUCUUCUCUAAAACAAUGACUAUUUUCAAGUCAGGUUGGAAAUGGCCUGACCAUUGGAAAAAGGGUGAAAGUAUUACCGCUACUUCGGUGGGUACAUACCCUAUCGGUUUAGAUUGGGCUUGGCACGGAACUGAAAAUGCUUUGCUAUUUUCUAAUUCUUACAAAAUGAAACUAUCAAUUUUAAUGGGGUUCAUUCACAUGACCUAUUCCUAUUUCUUUUCUUUGGCCAACCACUUGUACUUUAACUCCAUGAUUGAUAUCAUCGGUAACUUUAUUCCUGGUUUGUUAUUUAUGCAAGGUAUCUUUGGUUAUCUUUCUGUUUGUAUUGUUUACAAAUGGGCUGUUGAUUGGGUCAAAGACGGGAAGCCUGCUCCAGGAUUGUUAAACAUGUUAAUCAACAUGUUUUUAUCACCAGGAACUAUUGACGAUGAAUUAUACCCUCAUCAAGCAAAGGUCCAAGUGAUUUUGUUACUAAUGGCCUUGGUUUGUAUUCCUUGGUUGUUAUUGGUGAAGCCAUUACAUUUCAAAUUCACCCAUAAAAAGAAAUCUCACGAACCACUACCAUCAUCUGAAGCAGAUGCUAGUUCAGAAGACUUGGAAGCGCAACAAUUAAUUUCCGCGAUGGAUGCCGAUGACGCUGAAGAAGAAGAAGUUGGUUCUGGAUCUCAUGGCGAAGAAUUUGGUGAUAUUAUGAUUCAUCAAGUCAUUCAUACAAUUGAAUUCUGUUUGAAUUGUGUUUCGCAUACUGCAUCUUAUUUACGUUUAUGGGCUUUAUCAUUGGCACAUGCUCAAUUGUCAAGUGUUUUAUGGACAAUGACAAUUCAAAUUGCUUUUGGAUUUAGAGGAUUUUUGGGUGUGUUUAUGACAGUUGCCCUUUUUUCCAUGUGGUUCGCACUAACAUGUGCCGUCCUAGUUUUGAUGGAAGGUACAUCUGCCAUGCUUCAUUCCUUACGUUUACACUGGGUUGAAUCUAUGUCCAAGUUUUUCGUAGGUGAAGGUUUACCAUAUGAACCAUUCGCUUUCGAGUAUAAAGACAUGGAAGUCGCUGUUGCUAGUGCAAGCUCCUCUGCUUCAAGUUAA